GGACGUGUCAUCUGAAGCCUCACGGCAUGUGUUUCGCGGCUAUGGAACAGGUCUUCAACAGAGACACCAAACACUUGGAGUGGGAGAAGACGUACGGAUGUCUGCCUCCAGAGGACGGACACAUUCUCCAGUGUAAGGGACAUCUGGUGCCACACGACGUGCCAAAGUCGAUACAGUGCUGUAAUUCGCAUGACUUCUGUAAUCUUGAAUUACAUCCGAAUUACUUCAAUAUUCCCGACAAUAAAAGCAGUGACAAUGACAGCGAAUUCCUGUCCAUAGACGCAACUCACCUCUUGGUGUCACUCAUCACUUCGUUAUUGGUUUUCAUUAUUAUAUUUUGGAUUUUAUUCAUCGCUUAUAAACGCUAUAAAAGGUUU